AUGUUCCAGUUGACGCUUUUCAAGGGAGCAUAUAUCAUGUCCCCUGGAUAUGUGCCUGGAGCCGGUCACCACCAAGCAGAGAACGUACCGACUGCAGUCGGCUGCCCAGGGGGAGAUAUCACCUGCAUGCGCUCCGUGAAAUACACAACUCUGAUGACCAUUGGCAGCGAAGUCGCCAGCAACUACAGCUACCAGCUUCAGCCGCGGGUAGAUGGGGACAUAGUUGCCGAUACUUACGAAGCACAAUUGUACCAGAAGGACUUCAAUUUCAGCGGUCUCCUUGUGAUCUACCAUGAGCGCCACGAAGAAAACAGACAGAGCUCCAGCUUUGGCUUCGGCAUUACCGGCAAGAACUUAGCUCUGACUCAUGCGCUGCAUAAUGAGACGUGGAAUGCCAUUGUCAAUCUUGGGUUAGCUACUCAUGGAACGGAUCAGACUUAUUACUGGUAUAAUACUUAUAGUACUGUGCCAGCUAAUGGGUUGAAUUCUUCUUCUUCCUCAUCGGUCAAUGUCACGCGCACCAUGCAACAGUACCUCCCUGCGUUCGUCCUAACCGGCAACCCCAACACCCUCUGGCCUGAUGACAAGAUUUACUGUCCGAAGUAUGGAAAUGCGACGAACACCAUCAGCUUCAAUACAACUAUGUCCAUUGCUUUCGAUGAUCUUGCCAACGACAAGAGCCUCUUCUGGAAUAAGGCUUUGUGGUACUGAGGCAGUCUUAUAGAUAUGGGCGCGACACUGCGCUUCCUUAAU